AUGUCAGAACAUAGUAGUCCAAGUGUUAAGUCACCACCGAUUACAUCAGCAUUUCCUUUUCCUUCUUAUUAUAAUAGAGAACCAUUCUUUACAUUACAACCAAUACUCAAUACACAGAAGAAACAGUUACAAAUGUGGCAAGAACUGAUAUUAUCAUAUACUCGUUAUCACAAGAUCUAUGAAUUAGAUAUCAAUGAAUAUAUAAAGAGAGGUUCUGAAUUAUUUAACAAUGAAAAGAUAAAGAGAAAGCUAUCACAAGAGACAAUUGUAGCAAUAUUUAACGAAAUUGUAGAUUCUGGUUAUGGUGAAUGGUUAGAUAAAGAUAAGAGUCGUGCAUUGGUAUGGUGGAGAAAACCAGACGAGUGGGCAUCGAUCAUCUAUCAAUGGGUCGUAGAUAGUGGUCAGACCGAUUCAAUCUUAACUGUUUGGGAAAUACAAAAAGGUGACGAUACAAAGAAUCUAGAAUUUCAUGAAAUCAAUACAAAUAUAUUAAUGAAAGCAUUGAAAUCACUUGAGAAACAAGGUAAAGCACAAAUAUUCUCUGGUAGUGAAAAUAAUCUUGGUGUAAAGUUCUUCUCUACUCAUUAA